AUGAGAUAAAAUGAAAAUAAUUAGUUAAUGAAAGUUCUACCUAAACUCAACUAUUCUGAAAAACUGUUUUUAUCAAGAAAUUAGGAGAAAAAAAAGAAAAUAGAUAUAGCUUUUAACUCCAUUUCUGAUACUAAUAACUAGCAAUAAAUAUCUUAUGCAUUAAAAUAAGUUAAUAAUAUUAGCGAAAGGAAACAACUCAUUUCUAAAAUCAUCAAAAGAAAAAAAGAAAUAGAGGAUAUGUAAGAGAUAAAUACAAUUAAUAGCUUGGCUCCUCUUUUUUCGAAAAUAAAGUAAAAAUUUUUUAACAACCUUUACAAAAAAACAGGAAAUAAAAACCAUCUGCUCUUAAGCUAAGGCAAAGAUCCAUAUAGUAAUUAACAAAGUUUUUAGAGUAGUACUAGUUUGUCCAACGAACCAUAAGAAAAAGAAAAAUAAGAAAAAAUUAAUGAAGAAACUAAAUAACCAAAUUCUUCUCUGAAUCUUUAAAUGACAUCUCCUUUAGGCAGUCCAACAAAUUCUGAUUAAAAAUCAUUUAUAAAAAGAUAAACUCAUUUACUAAGUGCUCUCACAUUCCUUUCUAUUAGAUCUAAAAGCAAUCAAAACAAGUAAAAGCGUUUGUCAAUUCGAUAAUCUUAUGACAAUACAUAUAUUUCUGAAGGAGGCAAUGCCCUGAAAUACUUAACAAAGGAUCCAUAUAUAUUCAAGGCUGAUCUAAAUUUUAGUAAAGAUUAGAAAAAGUAAAUGCAAAAGAGUAAUUCUUAAGAUAUAAAAAUUAUGAAUGAUUAGUUAAUUGAGAGCGAUAGUACUACAUAGAAAGAUAAGCUAAAAAAGAUUAAAUCUAAAGUAGAACAUUAUAAAUAAAAAUCAAAACUGAAAAAAGAAAUUUUAACAAACCACACAUCUCUAAAAAAACUUAUAAAUUACUCAGAUUAAAACCACCAAAAUAAUAAUCCUAAAAUUUUACUAAUAGAUGAUUAUUCAGAUAAGCAAAAGUAGUCAGACCACUAUUAUAUAAACUGUCAAAACGAUGAAAAAGCAGGUUAUUUGAGGCAUAAAGAAAAUGGUAACGAUAAUUUUAUCUACUUCUAAGGAUAGAAAUCAAGUCCUUCAAAUUAAAAAAAUUCUAUUUUCAAAUCUUAAUUCUUGGAGAUGAACGAAAAGAAUUUUUCUUAUGAAAAUAAUUUUUCUAAUUACAUCGAGCACAAUAAAAAAUCUCGAAACCACUUAGAAUCACAAAUCUCUUAAGAAUAUGACUUAAACUCAAAAAACUCUAAUUAAUAAAAUAAUAAAAAUAUUCUUUUUAAGGAUACCCCUUAACUAGAUGAAAAAGACUACAUUAAAGGCUUACCAAAAUUAAAUAAUUUUGGAGGUUCUUAUUAUUAUCUAGGUAAAAAGCUACCUGAAAGUUAUUUAUAUAGAUAUAUAAUUUAAUGUGAGUAAAAAAGGCUUUAUUUAAAAAGCGAUGGACAGUUAUUUUCUAACCAACCAUUUACAGAAUAGUUAGAUAAAAUUAAUAAAGUUUCACAUAUCCAUAAAAUUUUUGAAAACGAUAAAAAACAACUUAAUAUUUUUUAAUUGAAGCAUAACGAAGAGUUUGCAUCUUUUCCAAAAAGUUCAAGAAAUUAUUUUAGUCUUAGUAAAUAGUCAUCCAAGAAUUCUUUACAUAAGCAAAACUAAAGCUCACAACCUAAAACAAACUCUUUCAUGACAUAAAGAAAGUAUUCAGAUACAUCUACAAAUAAUAGUGCUAAAGGAUACCAAAUACUCAACAAUACCAAAGAUACAGAUAGCAUUUUAAGUUUUUAAAUACCUGAUAACUUAAAGCCUCACGUUAUAAAAGGAUUUUAUUCUCCUAAAUAAAAAUUAAAUAUAGAUGAUAAAAUUUAAAAGCAGUAUUUUGUUAAGGUAAAUUAUUAGUUAUGA